GCCUCCUCUGAGAGUUCCCUCAGAUUUUCUCCAACGUCACAUAUAAACACCAUAUCAGUAUGUGCAUGCAAGCAAAACUCCAAACUAACCUCAGUUUCCACCAGUAAGCAAUAGUAAGGUAAAAGAGAGAUAUGGCAGUUGCAACAUCUGGUGCUGUGUUAAACAGGUUUGGAUCUCAGUUCUUGUGUGGAGGAAAGAGGAGUGAGGCCUUGCUUGCUUCUGGCAUUGGACCCAUAGUUGGUGCUGCUGUUACUCCUAAAAGACUUAUUGUAGCAGUAGCUGCUGCUCCAAAGAAGUCAUGGAUCCCUGCUGUAAAAGGUGGUGGGAAUUUCAUUGACCCAGAAUGGCUUGAUGGCUCGCUACCAGGUGACUAUGGUUUCGACCCUCUGGGACUAGGGAAAGACCCAGCAUUCCUGAAAUGGUAUAGAGAAGCUGAACUGAUUCAUGGGAGGUGGGCGAUGGCUGCAGUUGUUGGCAUCUUUAUUGGGCAGGCAUGGAGUGGAGUUGCAUGGUUUGAGGCUGGAGCUGAUCCUAAUGCUGUUGCUCCUUUCUCCUUUGGUUCUCUUUUGGGCACCCAGUUGCUUCUAAUGGGAUGGGUUGAGAGCAAGAGAUGGGUAGAUUUCUUCAACCCAGAUUCUCAGUCAGUGGAAUGGGCUACCCCAUGGUCAAAAACUGCUGAGAACUUUGGCAACUCCACUGGUGAUCAAGGCUACCCUGGGGGAAAAUUCUUUGACCCUUUGGGAUUUGCUGGCACAAUCAAGGAUGGUGUUUACAUUCCUGAUGCAGACAAGCUAGAGAGACUCAAAUUGGCUGAGAUAAAGCAUGCCAGGAUUGCAAUGUUGGCUAUGCUUAUUUUCUACUUUGAAGCUGGACAGGGCAAGACUCCCCUUGGCGCUCUUGGCUUGUAAACAAAAUAAUGUACACUAGGGAGACAAGACAACUUCAAUCAUUGUUCUAUAGAGCCAAGUUUCUCCCUUGAGAUGUUUCAGAUUCUAUCCUCUAAUCUUGGAUGUUUUCACCAUGUAUGUGUAUUAUAAAUAUUAUGAUAUCAGUUAUAUGAAUUACUUGCAUCUAUAUUUCAUUUCCAAACCAGAUGGAGUGAAAAUUGCAAGUUGGGUUUACUUGUCACUUCAGACAGUAAUUAUCUUGGUACUUAUUUGGAAUGAGGAGAAAUGCUUAGCAUGAAA